UACAAUACAACAAAGAGGUCAUAUACAUACACUUACCUUCUCUCUCUCUCUCCUCUCUCUUUCUCUUUCUCUCUCCCAUUUCACCUUCCUUUUUCACACCCAUUUAUGAGAUUCCUCCAAUGGUCUUUUCUCUUCCAUUGGAUUGUACAGAUUCCCAGCUGAAAAAACCUAUCUAAAUCCCUUCAUUUCUUGUUGAUUUUAGACUGUAUUUUGUAUGAUUUUUCUGGGACUGUAAAGACAUAAAAAAAACUCUUCUGGGUCUCUUUGGCUUUUUUUGCUUUCUUUUGCAAACUCUAUCUCUGGGUUUGCUCCAGAAAAGCGUUCUGUACUCUGUAGUAUAUGCCAUAUAAGAGUAGAAGAGAAUAAUCAUAUUUGCAUAAAUUAAUUUUUAUUUUUUGUUUUUCACUCUUUUUGUGAAUAAAUAAGUUUUUCUCAAUAUUUUUUCUUUCUUUUUUUCCUUUAUCAAAAAUUUCUUUUUCUAUUUCUUUCUCUUCACCUGAGCAAAAAAGAGAGAGAUGGGCAAGCAAGGACCUUGCUAUCACUGUGGAGUUACAAGCACCCCUCUUUGGCGCAAUGGGCCUCCAGACAAGCCAGUACUUUGCAAUGCUUGUGGUUCACGAUGGAGGACAAAGGGAACACUGGCAAAUUAUACUCCUCUUCAUGCUCGAGCAGAACCUGAUGAUUUUGAAGAACACAGAGUUUCCAAAGUGAAAAGCAUUUCUAUUAAUAAGAACAAAGAAGUGAAGCUCCUUAAAAGAAAGCAGAAUCAUGAUGGUGUGGUGAUUGGUGGGGUGACCACUGAUUACAACCAGGGUUUCCGGAAAGUGAUAGAUGAAGAUGCGAGUAACAGAUCAAGUUCUGGUUCUGCCAUAUCCAACUCUGAGAGCUGUGCACAAUUUGGCAGUGCAGAUGCAAGUGAUUUGACAGGCCCAGCUCAGUCAAUGGUGUGGGACACAAUGGUACCUUCUAGGAAAAGGACCUGCGUUAAUCGUCCAAAACCAUCUUCUGUUGAAAAGCUCACAAAGGAUCUUUAUACCAUUUUACAUGAACAACAAUCUUCAUACUUCUCUGGAUCUUCUGAAGAAGAUCUGCUUUUUGAGAGUGAAACACCUAUGGUCUCUGUUGAGAUAGGACAUGGAAGUGUCCUCAUUAGGCAUCCCAGCUCAAUAACUCGAGAAGAGGAAUCUGAAGCUAGCUCCCUUUCAGUUGAUAACAAACACUAUAUUAAUGAGAUUUAUUCCCAUUCUGCAAGCAUACACACCAAUAACAAAGGUGCCAAUCUUACCGGUCCAGGAAUUGAAAAGAUUAAGUACCCUGCUGGACAAGGGAUGCAACAAGAACAACUUAGAAGGGACAAGUCUCAGCAUGAAUACCUCCAAAUCUUGGGAAACCAUAGUUCCCCUAUAUGUAAUAUAGAUUUGAAUGAUAUUCUGAAUUUUGAGGAGUUUACUAGACACUUGACAGAUGAGGAGCAGCAACAAUUACUGACGUAUCUAUCUCCAGUUGAUACUGUCAAAUUUCCGGAUAGCCUCAAAAGUUUGUUUGAUAGCCCUCAGUUCAACGAGAACUUAACUUCCUUUCAGCAACUGCUUGCGGAAGGUGUCUUCGACAUCUCCUUCUCAGGGGCAAAAGCUGAAGACUGUAAAACUUUGAAAAGACUUGCACUUUCCAGCUUGUCAAAAUCUAAAUGGGUUGAGCGCUAUCAUCUUCUUAAGAAUUAUAAAACUAGCUGUGGAGGGCCAGUUGCUUGUGGACCUAACGCCACAGUAUCUAGUAAUAUCAUAAAUGUCAAGAGACUGCGAGACAGCCAAAAUCAAAAUUUUCCAGAAGUAAAGAUUAUGAUGAAGAGCCCCAAAAGGGUGAUCAUGAAGAAUAGCUACGAAAACAAGGAAGUCGUAGACAAUGAUGGUUCUUGCUUUAGUCCAAGAAGUCUAUUUGCUUUGCCUACUGAUGGUAGCUCUUUCUUGCUGGAUUCUAUCAAUUUUGUUGAAGAAAGUUCUGAUCAGGAUUUGCUGCUGGAUGUGCCAUCCCACGGCUCUUUUGCUCAAGCAGAGCUUCUUCACCCAGCGACAAGUUUUGGUUCACAGCAGGCGAGCACUAGUAGUAGCUCCAUAUACCCACAUCUUGUCCAUCCCUGACGAUGUUGUAUGCAACAUUGAACGAUAGGACUACAUAGGUAUGCCUUCUUCCAGAAGCCAUGACUGGGAUUCACAUAUUGUGCAUGGUAGACACAUAAAAAAAAAAAAAAAAAAAAAAAAGGAAAAAAAAAAAAAUAGUCUGUGAAUGAGGUUUGAUGGUUGCACUUCUUUUUGCCUAACCUCUCUGAACUUGGAAUUCUAAGGGGAUGAAUUUGGGUGGGUUUUUUUGUAUAGGUUGACAACAGUUGUAAUAUAUAGCUCAUAAUGCACAAGUGAUAAAUUCUAGAGUUUUGUAUGAA